AUCCCAUCCCAUCCCAUCCCAUCCCAUUUCUCUCUCUCUCUCUCUCUCUCUCUCUCUCUCUCUCUCGAUCUGCUCUCUAAACUUCUCUCUCUCUCUCUAGAAAUCAUUCUCAUCAAGAAGGGCCCCUUUCUUGUUGUCAAUCAGUUGGAGUGGGAAAUGGACGUGUACGAAGGCAGCUAUUGCAACUCUAACAAUUCGAUGCAGUUAAGUGAUGAUCAAGAAGAUAUUCAAGAUCAGAUGGCGAUGAGGAGAGGUCCAUGGACUGUUGAAGAAGACUUAAUGCUCAUGAAUUACGUUGCUAAUCAUGGUGAAGGCCGCUGGAACUCCCUCGCUCGCUGUGCAGGUCUAAAGCGAACAGGAAAAAGUUGCAGAUUGAGGUGGCUGAAUUACUUACGUCCGGAUGUUCGACGUGGGAAUAUUACUCUCGAGGAGCAACUUUUGAUUCUCGACCUUCAUUCUCGUUGGGGCAAUCGGUGGUCAAAAAUUGCUCAAUAUUUACCGGGAAGGACUGAUAAUGAGAUCAAGAACUACUGGCGAACACGGGUUCAAAAGCACGCAAAACAGCUCAAAUGUGACGUUAACAGCAAGCAAUUCAAGGACACCAUGCGCUAUCUCUGGAUGCCAAGAUUGGUGGAGAGAAUUCAAGCAGCUUCGGCCGCCUCCGCCUCCGCCUCCUCCUCCUCCACCACCACCACCACCGGCCAAGUCAUUCCGCCACCGGCCAUUUAUGCCGGAGAAUUCGGCGGUGCGCAGGUUAAUACAAGUUACACUCCGGAGAAUUCUAGCACGGGGGCGUCUUCGGACUCGUUUGGUGGGCAGGUUUCACCGGCUUCAGAUUUGACUGAUUAUUACUCCAAUUACCCGGUGAAUAGUAACUAUAAUACUAAUAAUAAUGCUAAUCAGCAUUAUUACCAAGUAAAUCAGGGUACUUAUUGUGAUUCCCUAACCAGCCCCUCUGGUUACUUUAACCCUGGUUUAGAAUUCCAAGCCGUGGAGCAGAACAGCCAGUUGUUUGACGCUGGGGACAUAUCCGACAAUUUGUGGAAUGUUGAGGACAUUUUGUUCUUACAGCAGCAGCUCAACAGCAUGUAGACAGCACAGACUUGCAAAAUACUAGGAAAAAUUAUUGGGUGCUCCUCGGAUACUGUCACGUGGUGCCGAUCACAACGCUUCACAAUUGCUCACUUACGUAAACCUACAAUUUAGAUAUACAAGUAAUGCGUAAAUGAACGAUUGUGAAAUAGGUUAGAGCACCACUUGCCAGUGCCCAAGGAGUUAACACUGAAUAAUUACUCGCGCAUUUGUUGUGUAUUACCACCAUACUUGUACUAGCUAUAUUUUCUUGAUUGGAAAUUUUAUUUCUGAGAGAAGGUUAAACUUGUAAUUUUUAGAUUCAUUGAGAAUUGUCUUUUGUACUGGUCAUGUUUACUGUGGAUGGUACUAAAGAAGAAAGCUUAAUUAUUAUAUAUAUUCUUUCUUUUUUCUUUUAA